UCACCGGAAGCUAUUUUAUUUUGACAGGACUUCAUUUGCAGAGCACGUCGUUUUUCGUUACAUGUCGCCUUAUUUCAACAACAAUAAUGAACGGUGUCGCAAGUAAAUGGAGGUAAGGUAGGGGCGUGUUACAUAUAUCAUUUCAUUCGACGUGUGUGAAAUGUUCUCGGUGGACGUAAAUUAAUGAUGGAAGCGAAAACUACUUGUCUCACUCGACCGACUUCCGUGUUGUUGAGGUGACUCAUGCACACAUCGCUGAUCUGAGUUCGAGCCCGCAGUCUACAACUGAAAGUACGCAGCAGGCCAACUUUUCACUCGUAGAUGUAAAUCAAGGCUUGAGGAAGGGCUCCAAAGCAUCAAGGACAAGUGUGCAGAUCUGCCUAGAAUGAGGUCCACCGUCAGCUUUUACAUGUGCCACCUGUUGUGCACGGGCCUGGGUCUGGCCUGCGUGGUGUGCGUGUCCUGCUGGAGCAGCCAGUGGCGUGGCGGCUUUGCCUGGGACGGAUCUUCUCUUCAGUUCAACUGGCACCCGGUCCUGAUGGUGACUGGCAUGCUGGUGCUGUAUGGCAAUGGGGCUGUAUUGUACCGUGUGCCCCUGACUUGGGGCCAGAACAAAGGUCCCUGGAAACUGCUGCAUGCUGGAGUGAUGCUCCUCGCCCUGGUCCUCUCAGUUAUUGGACUCUGUGCUGUUUUUGGCAACCACAAUGCUUCAAACAUCCCCAACCUCUACUCCCUGCACAGCUGGAUCGGCAUCAUCACCACAGUUCUCUUUGCCAUGCAGUGGGCGACAGGUAUGGUUGGAUUCCUCCUGCCCUGCACUGCCCAAUCCUUGCGUAAACUCCUGAAACCCCAACAUGUGUGGUUGGGGGGCACUUUAGUGUCACUCAGCAUCGCUGCCUGCAUCUCUGGGAUCAAUGAAAAACUCUUCUUUGUUCUGAAAGGAAACACCAAUGGAUCUCAGCCAUAUUCUGAACUUCCAUCUGAGGCCCUGUUAGGAAAUUCAUUAGGGGUGUUGAUUGUAGCGUUUGGCUUGGUCGUCCUAAAGAUUUUGUCCAAUCCAGAGUGGCAAAGACCGGAAAGUCCGCCUGCGGAUGUAUCAUAUUCGCCAUUGCAACAAGAAGAACAUCAAUGAGGGACAUGCAGAAUUAUUCAUGUAGUUUGGUAAUCCUUUUAGAAUGAUUCUGUUCUGAAUGUACCAGCAGUUCUAUCUUUUUUCAGAUGUUUGAUUGUAUUUAACUUGCUCUUUUUUCACAAAGAAUAAAUUGUGUGUAUGUUUGAA